UCUUUUCCCUCAAUCUCAACAAUGGCGCCUCUCGCUCUCCUCCUCCUCUCCCUCCCCUUCUUCUUCCUCCUCCACACCCUCUACUACCGCCUCCGCUUCCGCCUCCCCCCCGGCCCCCGCCCCUGGCCUAUCGUCGGCAACCUCUACGACGUCAAGCCGCUCCAGUUCCGCUGCUUCGCCGAUUGGGCCAACUCCUACGGCCCAAUCAUAUCCGUCUGGUUCGGAUCCACUCUCAACAUCGUCGUUUCCAGCACCGAGCUCGCCAAGGAGGUUCUCAAGGAGAAGGAUCAGCAGCUGGCCGACCGCUACCGCAGCCGCACCGCCACCAGGCUCACCAAGUACGGCCAGGACCUCAUUUGGGCGGACUAUGGCCCUCACUACGUCAAGGUGCGCAAGGUCUGCACCGUCGCGCUCUUCUCCGCUAAGAGCCUUGAGUCGCUGCGGCCUAUUCGGGAGGAUGAGGUCUCCGCCAUGGUUGAGUCUAUCUACAAUGAUUGCACCGCCCCUGGAAACUCAGCUAAGAGCUUGCUGCUAAGAAAAUAUCUAGGAGCAGUGUCAUUCAACAACAUCACCAGAAUUGCGUUCGGGAAGAGAUAUGUGGAUACCGAGGGGAGAAUACACAAGCAAGGAGAGGAGAUGAGGUCCAUCGCUGACAACAGGUUGAGGCUCGGUGCCUCCCGCCCCAUUGCUGAGCACGUUCCGUGGCUCCGGUGGUUGUUCCCUCUGAACGAAGAAGACUUUGCAAAACACGCAGCACGCAGGGAUCGCCUCACACGAGAAAUCAUGGAAGACCACAACGUUGCUCGCCAGAAAACUGGAGGAGCCAAGCAGCACUUUUGUGAUGCAUUGCUGACACUCAAGGAGAAAUAUGAUCUGACCGAUGACACCAUCAUUGGCCUUCUCUGGGACAUGAUCCAUGCUGGAAUGGACACCACUGCGAUAUCUGUGGAAUGGGCCAUGGCAGAGUUGAUCAAGAACCCGAGGGUCCUACAGAAGGUUCAAGAAGAGCUCGAUCGCGUCAUUGGAACUGAACGUGUGAUGACAGAAUUGGACUUCGCGAACCUUCCCUACCUACGGUGUGUGGCCAAGGAAUCACUCCGAUUACACCCUCCAACCCCACUCAUGCUUCCUCACCGUGCCAGCACCAAUGUCAAGGUCGGAGGGUACGACAUCCCCAAGGGCUCAACCGUGCACGUCAACGUGUGGGCAGUUGCACGUGACCCUGAGGUGUGGAAGAACCCCUUGGAGUUUCGCCCCGAGAGGUUCCUUGAGGAUGAUGUUGACAUAAAAGGACACGAUUUUAGGCUUCUACCCUUUGGUGCUGGAAGGAGAAUAUGCCCGGGAGCGCAACUAGGGCUCGAUAUGGUGACGGGAAUGCUAGGCCGCCUUCUGCACCAGUUCACAUGGGCUCCUCCGAGAGGGGUGAACCCAGAAGACAUCAACAUUGCAGAGAGACCGGGCGUGGUCACCUUCAUGGGCACUCCGUUGGAGGCGGUUGCUACUCCGAGGUUGCCAGCGAACUUGUACCAACGUGUGGCGGUGGACUUUUGAUUUUGGAAUGGAGAAUGAAGGUUUAGCUCAUGUCUGCAUGAGGUUAGCAAGACCAGCACGGGUUAAGUGGCUUUUAUCAGUGUCAGAUUAAAUUUUGCUAUAUUUCAGAUUUAAUUUUGUUAUAUUUCAGAUUAAAUUUCAGCUCAAAAGCAAUUAUUAAUGGCAAACCAUGUGUGUUGUGUAAGGGAAAAUAUAGAUUUGUUGGUUCAUAGAGGUCUCUCUUCAACUUCUAAUAAACAUAUGACAAAAUUUGUCUUUUUUUGGAA